CUUCCUAGAUAACGUUUAUUUUCUCAUUGCAGACGACUGUGUCUCCAAAGGGUUCAGACAUGGGAACCAUCAACAAGGGGGUGAAGGACCAAGCUGGCUCAGGCAGCCAGCCCAUGCUCAGUCAUAAGUACUGCCCUGGGGUCAACAACAACCCAGGCUACCUGUGUGAGACGGGCCACUGCUGUGGGGAGACAGGAUGCUGCACCUACUACUACGAGCUGUGGUGGUUCUGGCUACUGUGGACCAUUGUGAUUCUGUUCAGCUGUUGCUGUGCCUACCGCCACCGGCGCGCCAAGCUGCGUAUCCAGCAGCAGCAGAGACAGAGGGAGAUCAACCUGAUCGCCUACCACGGAGCCUGCAACUACCCUGCGUCCAUGUUGGACCUCAGUUUCCUGGCCUCCUUCAAGCUGCCGUCCUAUGAGGAGGUGGCAGCCCAGCCCCCCUCACCCCCUCCAUCCUACAGCUCCGUCUUUGCUCUGCAGGGGGCGAUGGGGGGCGCCACCGCUUACACAGCCACCCCUUACGGUUCAGCCUACCCCCAUCACCACCAGCAACAACCCCCCGGCCCUCCCUCCUACUUGGUUAGCUCCAGGGCGGGCCCCAGCGGUGCCGGUGGUGGCCUGACCUCAUCUCAGAGUUCAGACAACUACACCAGCUGCUCCUGCGAGUCCUGCUCCCUCCUCACCUCCCCAUCCAGCACCUCCUUCUCUGUCCAGGUGACCUACGAGACGGAUAAUACCAGCCAUGCCUCCACGCCCGGUAGCGAGGUUGGAGGAGGAGGGGGGGAGGUCCUGAGAGGCUUCCCCAGGGAGGGUUCAUCUUUAGAGGGCGUUGUGUCUGCCAGGUCCCCUUUGUCUCCUGGAGGAUAUCCACCUCCUCCUCUGCCCCCUCCUCCACCUGAACUUCUACCUACACCUUCUCCCACAGCGUCUUCUCCUCUCCCUCCCACUCUCCCCCCUCCCAAACUAUCUUCUCCCUCUCCACUUCCUCCUUCACAUCAUCCGCCACUCCCUCCACUCAUCCUUAUGGACCCCCUGGCUGUGCUGGCUGAGCAGAGAGGGGUGGAGGGCGGCCUGAGUGAAGGGGGGAUCACAGCGAGACAGAGCCCUUCCAUCCUCUCUCCCCCCAAGCCCACCCAGUCUCCCCCCAAACACGCCCUCUUCUCCACCAACGUGGACUUCUUCGAGCCUGUGGAGAAAGAGAGGAGAGAGGAAGAGGAGGAGGAAGAGGAGGAUGAGGAUCAUUUCCGUCACCGCCGGCUCACAGGUGACUCCGGCAUCGAAGUGUGCCGCUGCCAAGUGAAGAGCGAGGAAGAGGGUAUGGAGAAGAAGGUGGAAGAAGAUCAAGAUGGAGGAAGGGAUGGAGAGGAGGGGGCGGGUUUCCUCCAUGACAGUGUGGACUGUUCCCUUCGAGCGCAGCAGGUCGCCCAGUGUGGCCACGCCUCCUCGGCCAUCCCCAGGGGCGGGGACGCCAUCAUCACCGUGGAGUCGUCAUGAGGACAGCCAAUGAGGGCCAACUACUUCGGUCAGGUGACCAAAACUCACUUGACUGACAACAAAUGGAGCCAAUGGCGCUUAAAAGUGUUUACUUUGASCCAGUAGCACCCCCUACUGUUCAAGCCAGGAAGGAAGCCAAAGCCCACAUCAACUAGUAUGGGCCUGCUUGUGUUAACGGCUUACUGUAGUAAUGUCAAGUCACCAUAGUAACACAGAGGKAGAGGGUCAUCACAGCCUUCUAAUUGAAAGGAGGAAGGAAGUCGUUACAGAGGGAGUCGGACUGUUUAUCUGUGUUGAUCUUUCUGUCAUUAUCAUUCUGUCCCGCUGCGCUGCCACCGAG